ACUGUCACUCACAAGCCACAAACGCAUAAACGAUCAACCUUCACCGACGUCGUAUUGCCUUGCUUCCCAAGAAUUGAAUCCAGGUCCUACUUCCCAUCCAUCCAUCCCAGAGACCCGCGAACAUGUAUAUCUCGUUUUCAUAAACCCCACUCCACCUCUAAUGAUCUAAUCUCCAAACCCAACGCAAUUUCAAUGUCGAUAUAAACACAAACAAUUUGUUCUCUCUCGCUAAUUAACUGUUAAAAUUUUUACAAGCAAUUUUCAAUGUUCUUCAACGACUGGCUUCAGCGGAAGCUAGCUUCGGUGCUACGUCCGUGGCUAAGACAAGAAACGGAGCUUGAACUGAAGCUAGGGUUUCUUCGUUCUCACGGCAUCGCUAAAGACAUCUGUUUCGACACUGCUGUUCUCACUCAGCAACUCGAUGACUCGUCUCGCUUCGAGUUCACUGAUUUUAGAAUUGACGAGUUGAAACUCGGAGUGUCCAAUUGGUCCUUCCCUGCUUUUCGAAUUGAUGUUAAUGGACUCCAUGUUACUCUCACACUACGGGAUAUAAGGGAUGAUGCUAGGGUGAAUGAGAAGCAGCGAACAGCUGACAGGUCUGCAGACAAUAGGAAGAAGGUCCUAUCUGAGAUUGAUCCAGAGGGUAUUGCUUUAAAUGAUGCUAUGGAGAGUCUCUCGGCCAUUAUUUGCUCUAACAGUCGAAGAACUUCCCUCCUUUGUACCAUACUUGGACAUGGUCAUCUGCGGAUACGCCAUGUUCAUCUGUCAGUGCAGUGUCUGACCUCAAAUAAUUCCUACAAAUGUAUGUUGGAGAUGACAGAUUUUGAUAUCAAAUCAGGAUUCAUUGGUCAUAGAUGUUUUCUUCGAGCAGUCAUUAGUUCACUCUUAUUCCCUUCUUCAGAAAAUUCUUUCAAACUUGGUGUUAGAGGUCUUACAGUUGGAUUAAAGGAUAAAGAUAGCAUUAGCAACAUUUUUUCUUCGAGAUAUCUGCAAACUUUCAUAACAUUGAGAGAUCUACACCUUGUUAACUUCAACUUGUCUAAUCCAGAAUUAGAAUUUACAGUUUCUCCAGCACAAAUUUUUAUAAUAGCAGCAAUGAGUAAAUUGUCAACCACAGAUUCCAAGUGUCCUCGGAAUGGUAAGCAACUAUGGAGUAUAGCUGCAAGCAGAUAUAAUUCAUUGCUUCCUGCCCGUAAAUGGUCCUUUCAGAAACUAGUUGAUGUUGUUUGUCUAUGGCUGCGUUAUGUACAUGCUUACGAGCAUUUACUUUCAUCAGUAGGCUAUCCUGUUGAUAAGAUGAUGAGAAGAUCUGUUAUAAUGAUGUCUCGUGACAAACAAUUUUCAAUAUUAGUUAAACAGAAGUGGAACGAAAUAUCGGCAAUUGAGAAAGAUCUGCCCGUGGAAGCUGCUGUGCUGGCCAGACGGUUAGUGCGAUGCAGAGUAGCAUCAUCUGUUAAUCAGUUCAAGGAUAUCUCUGUCGAGUCACUAGAUAAUAAUAGCCACACCAGUUUUUUCUGGAAGAUACUAAACUUGCUAGUUACUGUUUGGAGUUACAUAUGCAGCACCUGUUACUCAAUCAUACUACUUGCCCUUCCGCGAAGUCACUAUAUAGACCAUUUGAAUGAUAAUGGUCAAAGCAUUGCAUCUGACAAUGAUUACCUACAACAUUGUUUUAUUGUGAACAUUGGGAUCAUUUCAGCCACAAUAUAUCCUGAAAAAGCAGUUGAACACUCUGUUUCUAGAAGAAAGUCAGACAUUGGGAUCUCAAGAAGAAAGUCAGACAUUGGGAUCUCAAAUUCUAAUUUGCUGUCGUUCUGUUUCACCCUUGACACAUUUUACUUUCUUUAUAAGGAGAAUAUUUUUGAUCAAUUUCUGUCCUUUUCCUGCGGAAACUUGGAAGCUACAUCGUCGCAUGUCAUGACAGAUAGCUUAGACAAUUAUGAUAGUUAUCUCAAAGGGCUGAAAAAGAAAUCUAAUGAUCCAUUGCUUGCUUUGUGGGGUCAGCCAGCACAGGUUUUUGAUAAUUCCGAAGCAAAUUCUUUUGCCUUUGUGGGAGGUCAAGUAGAAGAAAUGUGGUCAACAUGGAGAACUUCCUGUGCAGAACUCAAAGAUGGUACAGUCCUGUCUCCAGAGCACCCAUUCAUUCUCUGUGAGAUUAAAAACUUCUUAACAGAUCAAGGCUUCAGUGAUAAGUGUUCUGGAUUUAAGAAAUGUUGUCUGGUGAUUGGUGAACUGAACCUUAUCUUGGAAUAUGCAUCAAUAGUAUCAAUAGUCCUUAUUCUUAAGCAGAUACAGAGUGCUCUUUACCCGAGUGACUGCAGUUUGGCGGCCAAUGUUCCUCCAGAUACUCCAGUGACAUGUGAGGAUCCACUACGGAGGAGUUGGGAUAAUAAAUAUAAUACAUGUGCCAGUGAAAUGGAGUUUGAACUGUAUAAAUUGCUUCCACAUCAACAUAUUCAAGCUGCAGUAUUCAUUGCUGGGCCUCAAAUAAAAAUAUCACUAAACAAAGAGGAAUUUUUGGUUAAUGAAGCACAUGGGAAAAAUAUGCAUGAUGAUAUUCGUCUUGUAUUUAAUAUCCGCAAUGUUGAGCUUGGUGUUAAGCCAACUUUGGUUUCUGAUCUUGAAUCAUCAUUUUGGGGCCAGGAUGAGCCACCUUCGUGCCCCAAGUUGAAAGAACCAGAACUAGCUUACAGUUCUCUGCCAGCUGAAGAAACUUGCAAAUGUCAAACGAGAGGCACACUAGAUGCGCACCUUAAAGUAAAUGGGUUAAUAGCUCAUAUCGACACUAAAAAUCAGCAGGACCAAGUUAUUGUAUUAAAUCCAACAACAAUACGUCUGUCAUCCGUAAGGAAGGAGCUUCAUUCGUUUGGUGCUACAAUUGUUGCAUUCUCAGCAGGACUGCAUUGUAUUACUACUGAACUUGCUGUUUUGAUAUUUAUGGAUGAAUUUUCUAUUUUAGUUAAGGUAGUUGAUGGUUUAACUUCAAUUUUUACGAGUACAAUUACUAUGUUUGAUUCAAAUGGUUAUAUGAAUCCGGAUGAUUCAGGUAGAGACGAGAUUGUGCAAGGUGAUUCUGGAAAUACAGGAACAUUGGUUAGUGGAGUGAAUUGGGAGAAUAUGAUUGAAUCAAGUACUGGAUUUGUAAUUAAUUGUACAUAUGAGAUAAAGGCCAUCGAUAUCGUCCUUCAUAAAUCCAGGGAUAGCAAUUAUAAGGAUCAUACAUCUGAUACUUUAGGUAACAAAAAGCUGACCAUGCAUGAAGUGCUUGACUGCGGAGUUAGUUUUUCUAUUAAGGAAUCACGUAUUAGGAUUUCAUAUGUGGCGAGGGAUGCAGACAUUCUCGCUGGUUUUUCUGUGUUAAGGGCUGGCAUUUUCAACUUCGUGAGUGAUGUUGCUGGAAACUAUGAUCAAUUUUAUGAGAGCAACUUGUUGCUACAAUCAAUGAAAUGUGAAAAAGAAUUGUCUCUUUCUGGUUGUACGUUUGCUUUGUGGUUGAGAUGCCUUGUGGGGGAUUUUGCAUUUGAACAUGUACAAAGUUCAAAUGAUGCUUUUGAUUGUGACGGUGAAAUUUUGAAUUUAGUAGAAGGAUCCCCACUGGCAAUUGAUAAUGAAGAAUCAUUAACUCUGUCGCCUAAUAUUAGUCAGAAAUUCAAUAGUACUGGACAGAACAUUGGUGCAACAUCAAGUCAUAGGAUGCUUAUAAAUAUAAGCCUCAGUGAAAUCUAUUUUGCCGGAAGCAUGGAAAAAGAUCUCUUAUUUGGAGAACAUAAUUUGAAUAAGCUGAAGUUAUCACUUUCUCUUGGAGCAAAUGGUCGGAGAAUAUCUUGCCAUACGCAGGGUGGUUCUAUUUUUCUUGAAGCAGAAGCGGUAGCAAUGUUCUUUCAGUGCUUGACAUCAUAUGAACAGGGCCUUAGACAAGUUUUUCCUGCUGCACCAGUACCCAAGGAAAACCUUAGAGCUGGAACAGUUAAGGAUGUGGUUGUACAUAAUAAUCAUCACAGCCAAGGGUUGGAGACUACACAUCAGACUGUAAAUCAGGAAAAGGUGGACAAGUUGGUUAUCAGUCUCUCUGAAAUUUCACUUGUGCUCGUGGCAAGAGAUGAAUCGGGUAUACUUCAGGAAAUUCUUUUUGAGUUGGAUGCUCAUUUGGAUGUUAAAAUGGCUGAGAGGAGAAUUUUUUUGCUUCGUCUUUCAAGAUUUUCAAUUAUUUCACGCAUCCUUCACGAGAGUAUUGAACAACAAAGUUCCGAGAUUCAAAUUUCUCAACCUUCUUAUGAGAUGUCAAAUCAUCCAUCUUCCAUAGCCGAAGAUCCCACCAUACCUAUAAGUGGAGGUCCAACCACAGCAUUUCAGCAAAUGCGAGGAAAUCAUUCAGCUUUGGAUGAAGCAGGCAGCUCAGGCCAUUCUAUAGCCCCUGUAGAAUCGUAUAUAGAUACCACCAGACCAAAAGUUUUUGGUUUAAGUCCUCAAAACUGCAUACUAAAGCAUACAAGCGCUUACCUUACACUCGAGAAGUUUAUGCCCAGGGAUAUCUAUAGUCAACAAUAUUGGUUUGGGGGUGGUUCUAUUUCUGGGAUUGAAAUUACAAUAUCUCUUCAAGAGAUACAGAUAAUUCUUUCCACCUUGGAAACAAUGUCUGGAUUUCUCAGUAAAAAGGCGACUAACAAUGUAGAGCAAAAGUACUUGAUUAAAAAUCAGGAACCUGAAAGAAAAUUUGAAGAUGUAGUUCCCGAUGGGACUGUUGUUGCUCUACAAGACGUGCACCAUCACACAUAUAUUACAAUUCAAGGUGGCCAAAACAAUUACAAUGUAGUUGGUUCGAUACAUUAUUCCUUUGUGGAAGACAGGGCCCUUUUCAGAGUGAAAUAUCACUAUCAGAGGAAAUGGGGUUCACAAGUAUUGUGGAUAUCAUUGACCUCUUUGUACGCUGAAAGUGAUUCUGGGGAGCCAUUACGACUGAAUUGUCGUGCAGGAUCAAGUUUUGUUGACAUCUCUAGCUCUUCUGAUAGUGCAUGGGCACUCUGGAAAGUAAAUCCUUUUGACGCUGUCAAUUAUUAUGGUGAUACUGAAGUAGACUCGUAUUGUCCGUUGGCAACCAAUAUGUUUCACCUCAUUAAUAGGAAGAAUGAUUGUGGCAUUGCUUUUGUUGAUGACUCUUUUGAGUGCGUGAGCAAGCCUGGGAAUCCAUUCAAGCUGAAAGUAUUUCAGGACCAUGCACUAGCUCGUGAUAUUUAUAUGUUAGAUACCCAUCCAGUGGAGGCUUUGGAGACUGGCAUCAAAGAAGGCUCGGAGAGUACAGGAAAUCAAACGUGCAUCUGUAUCGAAAUCGACAAAUGUAUCGUGACAAUAGUUCAUGAAAUUUCAACUACAAAGGAGAAGAUCCCACUGCUGCAGCUAUCUAUCGUUUGUCAGGAACUCCUAAUGCAGAUUCUACAGAUUAAAGCUAGGAUUAUGAGCAGAUUGAAUGUUGUGUUUUAUUAUUUUGAUGGGCAGAGAAAUUUGUGGAGUGAACUGCUCUACCCUGCUGAAUUAAGCAUAUUUUAUCGCUGUCGAUUCCAAAUUGCGGGUACGGAGACAGUUGUGCCUUCAGUGCCAGUUCAUUUCUAUGCUAAGAUCAAGCAGCUUGACAUAUCAAUGACGGAGCUUUCACUGGAUAUACUUCUCUUUGUCAUUGGAGAAUUGAAUUUGGCUGGUCCCUUUGCUGUAAAAAGUUCUGUGAUAUUGGCCAACUGCUGCAAGGUGGAGAACCAAUCAGGCUUGACUCUACUUUGUCACUUUCAUCAGAACCAAUAUGCUUCAAUAGCGAGAAAUCAAAGCAGUAUGGUUUUCUUAAGGCAUUUGGCUUCGGUAAGUCAAACUUCCGAUGCGUCUAUCAUCACAGUACAACUUACAGACCAGGGAUCGUUCAUGACUUCUCCGGUUCACAUUUCACUUUCGGAAGCUAAAACGUUUGCUUGGCGGACACGCAUAGUUUCAUCACAAGGGUCUAAAACUUACCCGGGGCCAUUUAUUGUGGCUGAAGUUUCACAAAGAGGGGAUGAGCUGUCUCUUGCGGUUUCUCCUCUAUUAAGAAUACACAAUGAAACCGACUUCUCUAUGGAGUUGCGAUUUCAACGACCUGAACAUAAGGAAUCUGAAUCUGCUUCUAUAAUACUCAAGGCUGGGGAUGCAAUUGAUGAUACUUUGGCAGCUUUCGGUGCCAUCAAUUUGUCUGGUGGAACCAAGAAAGCAUUGGUGUCUCUAAGUGUUGGUAAUUACUUGUUUUCUUUUAGACCUGAAAUUGCCAAGGACUUGAGUAGCCUCAGUAAAUUACAUUCAGUUGAGUGGUCAAAUGACCUUAAAGGAGGAAAGGCCGUUUAUCUCUCUGGGUUAUUCGAUAAAUUAGGCUACAAAGUGAGGAAGGCAUUAUCUGCUGAGUCAGUAAAAUGUUCCUUUAGUAUUGCACAUUGUUCUGUGAAUUUUGAAGAGGGACAUAUGGGUGACGUAGACUUCCUAAUUCAGAGCAUUGGAAGGGAUAUUCCAGUUAUACAACCUGAUAGCACAGGAUACACCUCCGGAAAUAAGAAUUCACAUGUUGCAUUACAAGAGCAGAAGGAAAUUUUUAUUCUUCCUACUAUUCAGAUAUCAAACUUAUUGCAAUCGGAGGUUGAAGUGUUUUUGAGUGAUAAAGAUUCCCAAAACAUUAUUAGCUGUGACAAGAUUGGCAAGUUCGCUAUUGUUCCAUGCGGAUCUACUUCUAAUUUAUAUGCUAACCCUGCCACAAUCUAUUUCACUUUUACUUUGACUGCUUAUAAAUCAAGUUGCAAACCAGUAAAUUGUGCUGACUGGGUUAAAAAGUUACAGAAGCAGAAAUCUGAUGUUAAUAAUCUGGACGUUGAGUUAGACUUUGGCAGUGGUAAAUAUUUUGCUCUCUUACGACUGGGUUUCAAGGAUAACGGCAUUCUGGAGGCUGCUAUCUUUACUCCGUACACCUUGAAGAAUGAUACUGAAUUUCAUUUGUUUUGUUGUGGACCAAAUUCGAAGCCCUUGCCAAGGUAUGAAGCUGGAAAUCUUAAUUCUGAAAUCCCUCCGGAGCUUGGAGCUUUACUACCUGCAAAGUCAACAAGCUCAUGGUUCAUUAAAUGCAACAAGGUGUGCCUAUUCUUGUUGGACGGAAACGAUUCUCACACAGUAUUGGACCUAGACGCUCUAUCCGGCCUCACAGAGAUUGACCUGGAAGUAGAAGGUUCAGGUUGCAGAUUUGUUACAAAAUUGGGCGUGGCUUUGAAGCCGUCUGUGGGAAACGUUAUUGUCCCAUCAAGAACAGUAUCUAUUAAUCCUCGAUAUAUUGUGUCCAAUGAAUCAGAAGAAAUUAUAAUUGUCCAACAAUGUUACUUGGAGGAUGAAAUGCAAGGGGUUAUUACUGUUAAUGGCAAACAGAGAACAGCAGUACAUUUGCGGAAUGUAACAGGCAGCAAGAAGGAGAUUGGUGUUUUUGACAAAUUUCUCAGACAUCAUAAAAGUGCUCGGGAUGACACAUUACUCUAUGUUCAAUUUAAGCCAAAAGGUGCUGGGUUUGAUUGGUCGGGGCCAGUAUGUGUUACUUCAUUGGGACGAUUUUUUCUUAAAUUUAAAAGAAUUAAAGAUUAUCCAGCACAAGACAUCAAGAAUAAUGCAACAACCCUUGAUCAUGAAUAUUCUUCAGUCCAUGUAAUGGAAGAAGAUUCCACACUUGUUUUGCACUUUUACAGGCCUCCAAAUACUAGUCUACCUUACCGGAUUGAGAACUGCUUGGAAGAUGCACCUAUAACUUACUAUCAGAAGGGUACAUCGGAACCUGAGGUAAUUAGAGCCGGAGGUACUGUUAAUUAUGUCUGGGACGAUUCGAAUCUUCCUCAUAAACUAGUCGUCCAGAUAACUGAAGUCCAGUUACUGCGUGAAAUCAAUUUGGAUAAGCUAAGAGCAUGGAAACCAUUCUAUAGAGCUGGGAAACAGAGAGGUUUGGGGUUGCAAUUACCACUGCAUAGAAAUCCAGGACACAAGAGAAGUAGUUUUGGGCAAUUAAAUGGUAUAGAGAUCAUAACUUCAGGGUUCGAAGUGUAUGCAGAUGGACCUACGCGAGUCUUGCGUAUUUGCGAGUUUCCUGAUAGUCAUAAAGCAAAUAGAUCACUUUAUUCUGGUGCAAAGAUGCAACUAAGGGUUUUUAAUGCUGCAAUCAGCAUCCUAGAACCAUCUAAAAAGGAGAGAGACACAGAUGAGCUGCCCACCUAUACACCAAUUAUUGUUAUAAGGCUUGGAAAUAUGGAUAUGGAUUCAUUACUCACUAAUCACCGUAAAUGUAACAGUAUCAGGGUGCAGUCUUUGAGUGUGGACGAAAAAUGGAUAGGAGCUCCCUUUGCAUCAAUGAUCCGCAGGCAUCAUUCACAAUACUCCGACGCAGAUAGCAGCAUGCUUCAUAUUGUGUUCAAUCUACUUUCAACUAGUUCUGAAGUUAAACAUGUGGAGUACUCGUCUAUUGUUCUUCAGCCAUUUGAUUUAAACCUUGAUGAGGAGACGCUUAUGAGAAUCGUUCCAUUUUUGAGGACAUCUCUCAGCGACCCACAUACAAAGAGUCAACAAUAUUACUUUGAUCAUUUCGAGAUCCACCCAAUAAAGAUCAUUGCUAGCUUUCUUCCAGGGGAGUUCUAUUCCAGUUAUAGCUCAACCCAAGAGACUUUGAGGUCUUUACUGCAUAGUGUAAUAAAGAUCCCUGCCAUAAAACAAAAGAGUGUAGAACUUAAUGGGGUCCUGGUAACUCAUGCUAUGAUAACCAUACGAGAAUUGUCUAUCAAGUGUGCACAACAUUAUUCAUGGUAUGCUAUGAGGGCGAUCUACAUCGCAAAAGGAAGCCCAUUGCUUCCGCCAGCCUUUGCUUCCAUUUUUGAUGACUCUGCUUCAUCUUCUCUUGAUGUUUUUUUUGAUCCAUCUAGUGGUUUGAUUAAUCUCCCUGGCCUUACCAUAGGAACAUUCAAGCUCAUCAGCAAAAGUAUCGAUAGUAAAGGUUUUUCAGGAACAAAACGUUAUUUUGGUGAUCUGGGGAAAACUUUGAAAGCAGCAGGGUCAAAUAUACUCUUUGCUGCUACCACUGAAAUAUCUGACUCUAUUCUGAAGGGAGCAGAAACAAGUGGUUUCAAUGGAAUGGUGAGUGGAUUUCACCAAGGAGUACUCAAAUUAGCCAUGGAGCCAACUUUACUAGGGACUGCUUUUAUAGAAGGUGGACCAGAUCGAAAGAUUAAGCUCGACAGAAAUCCAGGGGUUGAUGAGUUAUAUAUUGAAGGGUACCUGCAAGCUAUGUUGGAUGCUAUGUACAAACAAGAAUAUCUUCGAGUUAGAGUAAUUGACGACCAGGUUAUCUUGAAAAACCUACCCCCAAGCAGCUCUCUUAUAGAGGAGAUCAUGGAUCGUGUAAAAGGCUUCUUAGUGAGCAAGACACUACUGAAAGGAGAUUCUUCAUCCUAUCGUCCUUUGCGUCAUGUUCGAGGAGAAAGCGACUGGAAAAUCGGACCGACAAUUUUGACCCUGUGUGAGCACCUUUUUGUGAGUUUUAUGAUCCGUGCUCUGCGAAAGCAAGCUGGCAAGGUUACAACCAAAAUCAAGUUGAAGGAGAAAUUGGAAGUUACUGAUGGAAAACCAAUUGCCGACGCAUCUGUUGGACAAGAACAUAAAGGAAAGGGUAAGGUUAUGUGGAGAUUUGGUAUAGGCAGGUUUGUCUUGUCUGGUAUAAUUGCAUACCUGGAUGGACGUUUGUGUCGUCGUAUUCCUAAUCCUAUAGCAAGAAGAAUAGUCAGUGGCUUUUUGUUAACUUUGCUUGACCAGAAUGACCAAUAAUAAUAUACAGUACUUAUAAUUUUUGUCA